GCCACCGCCACCAUGAACAAGCUUUACAUCGGCAACCUCAACGAGAGCGUGACCCCCGCAGACUUGGAGAAAGUAUUCGCGGAGCACAAGAUCUCCUACAGCGGCCAGUUCUUGGUCAAAUCCGGCUACGCCUUCGUGGAUUGCCCCGACGAGCACUGGGCGAUGAAGGCCAUCGAAACUUUCUCCGGGAAAGUCGAACUGCAAGGGAAACGUCUAGAGAUUGAACACUCGGUCCCCAAAAAACAAAGGAGCCGGAAAAUACAGAUCCGAAAUAUUCCACCUCAGCUCCGAUGGGAAGUGCUAGAUAGCCUGCUGGCUCAGUACGGUACAGUGGAGAACUGUGAGCAAGGCUUCAUUCUUCCUGUCGGCUUCUAUGGUCCUGAGAGCACACGAGCCAUCAUGAAGCUAAAUGGCCAUCAACUGGAGAACCAUGCCCUGAAGGUCUCCUACAUACCUGAUGAGCAGAUAGCACAAGGUCCCGAGAAUGGGCGCCGUGGCGGCUUUGGGUCUCGGGGCCAGCCCCGGCAAGGGUCACCCGUGGCAGCAGGGGCUCCUGCCAAGCAGCAGCCAGUGGACAUCCCCCUCCGGCUCCUGGUGCCCACGCAGUAUGUAGGCGCUAUCAUUGGCAAGGAGGGUGCCACCAUCCGGAACAUCACAAAACAGACUCAGUCCAAGAUAGACGUGCAUAGGAAGGAGAAUGCAGGUGCCGCGGAGAAGGCCAUCAGUGUGCAUUCAACCCCUGAAGGCUGCUCCUCCGCAUGCAAGAUGAUCUUGGAGAUUAUGCACAAGGAGGCAAAAGACACCAAAACGGCAGAUGAAGUUCCCCUGAAGAUCCUGGCUCAUAACAACUUCGUGGGACGACUCAUUGGCAAGGAAGGGCGGAACCUGAAGAAGGUGGAGCAGGACACGGAGACGAAGAUCACCAUCUCGUCGCUCCAGGACCUUACGCUCUAUAACCCUGAAAGGACCAUCACUGUGAAGGGCGCCAUUGAGAACUGCUGCAGGGCCGAGCAGGAGAUCAUGAAGAAAGUUCGAGAGGCUUACGAGAACGAUGUGGCCGCCAUGAGCUUGCAGUCCCACCUCAUCCCUGGUCUCAACCUGGCUGCUGUAGGUCUCUUCCCAGCUUCAUCCAGCGCCGUCCCUCCUCCUCCCAGCAGCGUCACCGGGGCUGCUCCCUAUAGCUCCUUCAUGCAGGCUCCGGAGCAGGAGAUGGUACAAGUGUUCAUCCCCGCCCAGGCCGUGGGCGCCAUCAUUGGCAAGAAGGGCCAGCACAUCAAACAGCUCUCCCGGUUCGCCAGCGCCUCCAUCAAGAUUGCUCCACCAGAAACACCUGACUCGAAAGUUCGAAUGGUCGUCAUCACUGGACCCCCAGAAGCUCAGUUCAAGGCUCAGGGAAGGAUCUAUGGCAAACUAAAAGAAGAGAAUUUCUUUGGUCCCAAGGAGGAAGUAAAGCUGGAGACCCACAUACGGGUUCCAGCUUCAGCGGCUGGGCGGGUCAUUGGCAAAGGCGGCAAAACGGUGAAUGAGCUGCAGAACUUGACUGCAGCCGAGGUGGUAGUGCCAAGAGACCAGACCCCGGAUGAGAACGACCAAGUCAUUGUUAAGAUCAUUGGACAUUUCUAUGCCAGCCAGAUGGCUCAGCGGAAGAUCCGAGACAUCCUGGCUCAAGUUAAGCAACAGCACCAGAAGGGACAGAGCAACCAGGCCCAGGCUCGGAGGAAGUGACCCACCCCUUCCUGUCCCAUUGGCUCCAAGAUCAG